AUGACUCGCUCCACCCCCACAACCUCAGAUCUCCUCCCUCUCUCACCAUCCGCCUCGAAUCUUACCAAUGGCUCGUCUCUCACGAACGGCCAUACCACCAAGUCCAACCAGCCCGAGACCACGCACCACCACAUCUGGCUCAUCACCGGCCCAGCUGGCUGUGGCAAGAGCACCGUGGCCCAGUUCAUUGCCAAGACCAUGAACCUGCCGUACAUCGAAGGCGACGAGUACCACCCAACAGCCAACGUCGACAAGAUGGCAAAGGGCAUACCCCUCAGCGACGCCGACCGAUGGGACUGGUUGACCAACCUGCGUGAAGAGUCGAUCCGCAAGAUCCAAGCUGGUGCGCAAGGAGUCGUCCUCACCUGCUCAGCCCUCAAGCGUAAAUACCGCGACGUCAUCCGCGUAGCACCUUACUACUCCCACGAUGUCCUCGUACAUUUCGUAUACCUACAUGCUCCAGAGGAGGUCCUCAUCGCUCGAGUCGGAGCCCGGAAGGGCCACUACAUGGGAGCGAACAUGGUUCACAGCCAAUGCAUGAUCCUUGAGCCGCCGGGAAAAGAGGAGACCGAUGUCAUUACCGUUGACGUGAGCGCCUCGAUAGAUGAAGUUGAGGCAGAGGCAUUGGCCAAGAUGCGAGAGGCCGUCAAGAGAGAGUUGAUUCGCGAUUCGUGA